AUGCGUCUGAUCUGCACAGUGGAGCCGCUGAACAGCUCCUUGGCCUUCGUGGCCUCGAUCUUCUUCGCGGUGCACAUGUACUUUCAGCCCUACGACAAUCGGGGCUAUUUCAUCCUGGACCGCAUCGAAACCGCCUCUUUGAGAGCCAUCCUCGUGACCGCCUUCCUCCAGCUCUGGUGCAUCAUCACGAACGAUGCCGAUGUCGCCGUCGGCAAUCCCAGCUUCGUUGUCGUGCGGAACUGGGUGUGCACGGUCAUCAUCGUGUACAUGCACCUCCGAUUCUUCUGGAUCGUGACAUGGGGUCUUGGCCGACGCAGGAUUACAUACUGGUACGAGACCAUCCGCGAUGCGGUCCGCGUCUACCAAGGCAAAUCAGGUCAUGGCACUUCCAAAAACACCCAUGGUACCGUGACCUUCGCCCCAGACGGUCUGCAUCUGCGCAACCUCAAUUACCUGGAGGAGACGCUCCUUGAGAGCAUGUUUGCAGAUAUGCUGCAGCUCCAUCAUCAGAUGAAGAGAAAGCUGAGCUUCGACCACUGGUCAGGCGGCCUGCAGCUGAUGUGCCUCGAGGCCCAGCGGAGUGCCAAGGAGGCCGCGGUUCAAAGCUUGGAUGCAGUGGGCAACACAUUGCGCCAGUACAGGAACAUGAGCAAGAAGCUCUUCAAGGAUGGCCGGGUGGGUCAGCUGGUCGAGAAGUUCCUUGACCGCUGCGAGGAGUUCUACGGAGUCAUGUCAACGACCGGCAGCCACGCCCAGUUUAUCAGGCAGAAGAUGAAGGAAGUAGAGGAGCUGCGCCACUUCUCCCCCGACUCGCUGAAUCUGAUUCUCAACCGAGAGUUCUCGGUGGAGGAGCUGCAGGAUGCUAUGCUCAACCUCCGCAAGGGCAUCUGCGAGGAGAAGCGAAUCUUUGGUUUGGGCACCGGCAAGGAGGUCGCGGAAGAGGAUGAUCCAGCGACGAACGACGUUGCCUUCUACGUCGGGAAGCUGGACAUGGACGAUGACAAUGCUGUGAAGCUGAGAGAACGGACCGGGCUGGCCGAGCUCGAUAGCCUCAAGGAGGAGCUGCGGGAGCGCAUCCACGAAUGUCACCUCCUCCGAAGGCAGUUGAACGCGCUUUCACAGGCGGAGGUCACGUCUCCGCGGACCGGGGGACGGCGGCUGUCACUGAGCAACAAGCUCUCGUUGAGUUUUGGGGUCUCCGAGGAGGCGCAUAGCCCAACAGAGGACGUUCCCAAGUCCGAUUCCAAGCAGCUGCUUCUGCAUCAUGAGCACCGCCACGGCUCGAAUCCCUUGGACAACGAGAACUACGAGGCUGAGUGUCAGGUGCUUCUGAAGGAGCUGGAAGCAAGGAAGGAGGAGAUUCAGCGACACGAAGAGGUGUUCCGGGAGCAGCAGUCGAGGAUCGCGACCCUGGAGGCGCAGCUUGCGCAAACGGUGCCUUUCGACGAAGGCGAUGUGGGGCUGCAGCGCACCUCGUACGCCACUCUCGAGUCAAACAGUCCUGGGUCGCGUCAAGAUUCUGCAGCUGCGGCCACGGCGGCGGCAUCGGGCGAGGGAGAGCAGGAGGCUCCAGAGCCCCCGGAGGGAAGGCGGGCCUCCGGGGUGACGACGACUGUCUGA